AUGGUCGUAGCGAAUGGUCCUGUUGAUUCCUCUGCCUUGUUCUUGUGGAAUGUGCUGCUCUUAGGGAAGGAAAGGCUUGAUAAAUACUAUGGGAACUGUACACCAUCAAUUUCAAUGGUUAAGAAGUGGUUUACUGAGUUCCGUUGUGAUUGUACUAGCACAAGUGACGCCGAACGUUCAGGUCGCUCAAAAGAAGUCAUCACACCAGAAAUCGUCGAUAAAAUCCAUGGAAUGAUGUUGGAUGAUAGGAGAGUGAAAGUGCGUGAGGUGGCUGAGGCUGUAGGCAUCUCAACUGAUCGAGUACAUCACAUUUUACAUGAAUAUUUGAACAUGAAAAAACUAUCCGCGGGAUGGGUGCCGCGAUUGCUCACACUCGACCAUAAGCGCAACUGUGUGACCACUUCAAAGGAGUGUUUGGCGAUGUUCAACCGCAAUCCGAACGAGUUUUUGCGCUGUUUCUUAACCGUGGACAAAACGUGGAUCCAUCGCAAUACACCAGAGACCAAGGAACAAUCGAAACAGUGGGUUUCUUCGGGUGAAUGUGCACCAAAGAAGGCCAAGGUGGGUCUGUCGGCCAACAAGGUCAUGACCACAGUUUUUUGGGAUGCGCGCUGCAUCAUUCACAUCGAUUACCUUCAGAUGGGUAAAAUAAUCAACGGUCAAUAUUAUUCAGAGCUUUUGGACAGAUUCGAUACUGAUUUGAAGAAAAAACGACCGCAUUUGUCGAAGAAAAAAGUGCUGUUCCAUGAGAACAAUGCACGGGUGCACACGGACAAGACCUGUCAUAGUUUUGUACUGAACGUCGUUUCAAAUCUGGGAUCACUGUCGGUAUCAAGGUGCUUCAUUCCAACCAAAGGUGCAUUUGGUUUCGACAACGGGUCUCUUUCAUCGCAGAUGAAGGAUGUAAAGGUUACUAUGGGUCAUGGUAACCAGGCAACAUAA